AUGGGAUACUCUUCUUUCCCUGAUGACAUCGACGACCAUUUUAUCAGCGAUUUGAAUUGCUUGCUUAAGCGCCUAUCGUUCGGAGUCGAUGAGUUGAUUCCAAUUACUGCAUUGAGCAUGGAUUUCAUGCAUAACCGAGACCCUGCGGAUGCUAUCAGGGUGUUGGCGGCUGAGCAAUCAGCCCCGUCCCUCUCUGUUACAGAGAUUUGGUGCCUUCUGCUACAUCGACCUGAAGUUGUGCGAUGUCUUUGCGCAUUUUCUGACCAGCCUGUGGCUUUUGCCUUAGUGCUUUCAAGGCUAGCGAAAUCGCUAGCGCAUGAGUCUCAUGACUGGUUCUUCUAUGAAGAAUCUCUACUAAAACUUGCCAAUUCGCUUUCGGGUUCGGCUGUUUCAUUGGUAGACAAAGUUCACCGCACCUCUCCAAAUAAGGCUUAUCAACUGCUAUGUCAACCAUUGGAAGGCUUUCAUGGAGCAACAUUGUCACAGCUUGCAUUUCAGGUGAGCUUUGGCUGAUC